AAGUGAGAUAGAAAGUGAUACUAAAAAUGUAUGAUAUUGCUAUAAAGGAGUGGUUAAGUCAGAAGCAGUUCAUCCUAUUCAGCAAUUUUUCAUAUACUACAACGAGAUCUACAAGAGCUAAAACCGAUAUGAAACUAUACAAGGUUAGAACAACAAAAGAGACCAAAAAAAAUAAAAAAAGAUGACGGUAGUUGACGACCAUGAUAGUCCCCGACCACCAAAACACUACAAUGUUUGGUUACAAUUUCAGAAAAAAUUAGAUCAAAAUUUUAGAGAGAAAGAGAACUUUCAUUUGUUGAACAAAGUUUCAUUUAAUAGCUAAAACACACGAAAUCGAUAUAUAUAUAUUUACUUUUCAAAAUUAGGAUACGAGGAAGAUAAAAUAGUCUUUAGAAAAAAAAUAUUACUAAUUUCAAAAAUCAUUGACUACAGUGACCAGCCUGAUUUCAAUAUUUUUUUUCUUUUUUUGGGUCAAAACAAGAUUUGAAAUUUAUAUACUUCUUAUCCAUUUUAGUUUUUUUUUUGUUCUCUUUGACCAAAAAAAAGUUAUUUGUUUUUUGUCCACACAAAAAUUUAUAUCUCUACCUAAAUCUCCCCAUAUAUACGGUAGCAAGUUAGCCACCAUAUAUCUGAGUUAAACUCUCCUUCACCACAAGAUUUCAUAAAAAAAAAAUGAAUUCUUCACUUAACGUAAUUGACGUGUCACGAGUCACCCCUUCUGCCUCGUCCGAGUCACUCACUCUCCCCCUCACCUAUUUCGAUAUUUUCUGGUACAAAUUCCACCCCGUCGAACGAGUCAUCUUCUACCAAGUCACUGACGCAACUCGCCCUUUCUUUGACUCAGUCAUCGUCCCAAACCUCAAAUCCUCUCUCUCCUCCUCUCUCUCUCACUAUCUCCCACUCGCCGGAAACCUCGUCUGGGACUCACUCGAUCAGAAACCGAACAUCGUUUACUCCCCAAACGACGCCGUUUCAUUCACUGUCGCCGAGUCGAAUGCUGAUGUCUCCCGUUUAGCCGGAAACAAACCGUUCCCCACCGCCGAGUUGCACCCUUUGGUGCCCGAGUUACAAGUCACCGACGACUCGGCCUCCGCCGUGUCGUUUCAAGUCACGCUAUUUCCAAACCAAGGGUUUUGCAUCGGCGUAACUGCACACCAUGCCAUUCUGGAUGGGAAAACGGCAACCAUGUUUCUUAAAUUCUGGGCAGACACAUGCAAACGCCAACAAGACCAAACGACAAACGCUUCCCCACCACAGGAUCUACUUCCUAUUUAUGAUCGUACGGUCAUUAAAAAUCCAAACAAUAUCGAAGCAAAGAUUUUGAACGAGUGGUACUCUCUACUCGAAAUGUUCUCCGGUGGUAAAGAACCAGACAACCCCAAGAGCUUGAAACUUAUUCCGUCGCCGGAGAUUAGUCUCGACGUCGUCCGUUUCACUCUCGACCUCACACGUGAAGACAUCCAAACGCUUCGAGAACGACUCAAGAGAGAAUCAUCUGCCUCCCCGUCACCAAAAGAGCUUCGACUGUCGACGUUUGUGGUUACGUAUUCGUAUGCGUUAACAUGUUUAAUCAGAGCUCGAGGCGGUGAACCGAGUAGACCAAUCGGGUACGGCUUCGCGGUGGAUUGUCGAGGCCUUCUUGAUCCGCCGGCCCCGUCGAGUUAUUUCGGGAACUGCGUUUCGGCUACGUUUAAAAUGCCGUUAACGGCAGAGACGUUUAUGGGUGAAGAAGGGUUCUUGGCUGCUGCUAGCAGUGUUAGCGAUUCGGUUGAGGAGUUGGAUGAGACUAUUGCGUUGAAGCUUCCGGACAUUUUGGCCUCGUUUCCCAUUCUUCCACCAGGGUCGCAGCUUGUGUCUGUUGCCGGGUCGACUCGGUUUGGAGUGUACGGGUUAGAUUUCGGGUGGGGUAGACCCGAGAGAGUUUUAGUUGUGUCGAUAGAUCAAGGUGAAGCGAUAUCUAUGGCGGAGGGUAGAGAUGGGAAUGGUGGUGUGGAGAUUGGCUUCUCGCUCAAGAAACACGAAAUGGAGGCUUUGAUUGAUUUGCUUAAAAUAGACCACUUUUCGUUUUGAAAAAUCAGUUCAGUAAUAACACAUGUCGAAACUGUGUUCGUGUUCGAGUGCUAAUGAUGACACAUGUUGAAUAA